CAGCCGUCUCCGAUAAAUACGCAUGCGCGCAGUAUACAAAAUGUCGGGAGGAUCGGAAAGGUUAAAAACGAGAAGGAAUUUGUCUACAGAAAGCUCAGUCAUGGCAUAUCAGUUUUGCUGUCUCUGUCCGGAUAUUUAAGAAGCAGAGCAAGGGAUUCAAUCGAAUAUCCUUCCUGCUCAGACAGUGGGAAUGGAUUCACUUGGUCAUCUCAACUGAAGGUACAUCAGCGAGUUCACACUGGGCAAGGACAUUCAUCUAUUCUGUGUGUGAGAAAGGAUUCAGUCGGUCUGCCCACCUGUGGACACACCAAUCAAUUAACACCGGGCAGAGGCUAGUCAUCUGCUGAAGUUCUGGGAAAGGAUUCACUCCAUCAUCUGACCUCAUAGCACACCAGCGAGUUCACACCAGAGAGAGGCAGUUCACCUGCUCGGACUGGGAAGGGGUUCACUUGGUCGUCUGAACUACUGAGACACCAACGAGUUCACACUGGGGAGAAGCCGUUCACCUGCUCCGUCUGUGGGAUGAGAUUCACUGAUUCAUACACACUACAAAGUCACCAGCGAGUUCACACUGGGGAGAGGCCAUUCACCUGCUCCGUCUGUGGGAUGAGAUUCACUGAUUCAUACAUACUACAAAGUCACCAGUGAGUUCACACUGGGGAGAGGCCGUUCACCUGCUCAGACUGUGGGAAGGGAUUCACACAGUCAUCCAACCUGCAGAGUCACCAGCGAGUUCACACUGGGGAAAAGCCUUUCACCUGCUCAGUCUGUGGGAAGAGAUUCACUCGGUCAUCUGACCUAAUGGCUCACCAGCGAGUACACACCGGAGAGCGGCCGUUCACCUGCUCGGACUGUGGGAAGGGAUUCUCUUUAUCUUCUCGCUUACUGACACAUCAGCGAGUUCACACUGGGGUGAAGCCGUUCAUCUGCUCAGUCUGUGAGAAGAGAUUCACUCACUCUUCCACGCUACAGAGACACAAGCUUGUUCACACUGGGGAGAAGCCGUUCACCUGCUCAGUCUGUGGGAAGGGAUUCACUCAGUCAUCCAGUCUGCAGAAUCAUCAGCGAGUUCACACUGGGGAGAAGCCGUUCACCUGCUCAGAAUGUGGGAAGGGAUUCACUGAGUCAUCACACCUACAGAGACACCAGCGAGUUCACACUGGGGAGAAGCCAUUCACCUGCUCAGUCUGUGAGAAGAAGUUCACUAACUCUUCCACCCUACAGAGUCAUCAGCGAGUUCACACUGGGGAGAAGCCAUUCACAUGCUCAGUCUGUGAGAAGGGAUUCACUCAUUCUUCCACCCUACGGAGACACCAUCGAGUUCACACUAGGGAGAAGCCAUUUACCUGCUCAGUCUGUGGGAUGAGAUUCACUGAUUCAUCCUACCUGCAGAGUCACCAGCGAGUUCACACUGGGGAGAAGCCAUUCACCUGCUCAGUCUGUGGGAAAGGAUUCACUCUGUUAUCCAACCUGCAGUGUCAUCAGCGAGUUCACACUGGGGAGAAGCCAUUCACCUGCUCAGACUGUGGGAAGGGAUUCACUGUUUCAGCUAGCCUAAUGGCACACCAGCGAGUUCACACCGGGCAGCGGCCGUUCACCUGCUCAGACUGUGGGAAGGGAUUCACUUUGUCAUCUAAACUACUGAAACACCAGCGAGUUCACACUGGGGAGAAGCCGUUCACCUGCUCAGUCUGUGAGAAGAGAUUCAGUGACUCUUCCGCCCUACAGAGACACCAGCGAGUUCACACUGGGGAGAAGCCAUUCACCUGCACAAUCUGUGGGAAGGCAUUCACUCAGUCAUCCCACCUACAGAGUCAUCAGCGAGUUCACACUGGGGAGAAGCCAUUCACCUGCUGAGAAUGUGGGAAAGGAUUCGCUCAGUCAUCCCAACUACUGGCACACCAGUAAGCUCACAAUGGGGAGUGGCCGUUGUUAUGAUUCCCCAGGUUUCGUUUACUGUGGACUGUCAUUUUGAGAGAAAGAGAGAGAGAUAAAGAAGGUGAAUCAGUCUGACUUGCAGCUUGUUUACAUCGCUCGCAGCUUGUUUAAUUUUAACCAAGGACACGGACACUCAGAGUGAGACGGAGAUGAAGGAUGAAAAAUGGAAGGUUCAAAACAAGGGAAAUAGUGGCCAAAGCUCAUGGUUUAGAAUGUCCCUACGCCCACAAGUGUGGGUUAAUUAUCAUUUCAGCAUACAUCGAAUGUGUGGUUGUCACCUCUUUUGAUCCAUGGGAGUGGAUCGGAUUUGGGGUAUCCUGUGAAGACCACUUAUGUGUUAACCCUUGCCUAGUUGUGGUGUGGUAAUUCACUCGAAGACAAUACCACUUUUGACAUGUCACUUUCGGUGGUAAUUCGUAUGUGGAUUUGGAACACGACCGAUAAAAUCUACAGUGACUGUUCUCUCAUUUUACCACCAUGGAACCUGUGGAAUUUGACAUAAUUGCCUUCUCUUAACAUUUACCCAGGAUUACAAAUAUCUCCCUCUCAUCACCUAUUCUGUGGUUGAAUUGAACUUUCGUACUUUACCAUCUCAAGACUCCAAGCCUUGUUUCCCCUGAGCUCAAUAGUUUUGGAGUUACAUUUACACACAUAUAUAUACAUAACAAUGUUCACUUUUGUUUAUCUUGCUUAAGUUACUAUAUUAAAAGUAGAUUCUAAUAACGGUAGUUUUAACAUCAAAAACAGACUCCACGUAUAUCUAUUGCUGCUAGUUCGUUUCUAAAGCGUAACGAUUCAUAACAAAAUUGGGGCCUGCGUCCAGGAUAUGAACAGGUUUGGGGCGUAUUGAUUAAUUAUCGAUUUCAUUGGGGAAAUCCCUUUUGAUUUAUUUGUGUGUGGAAAAUCAGCAGCAGAUGCUGAUAGGUUUGUGGAAGCGCCAACCUCUGAGGCAUUAGAGGACGCCAGAAAGGUUGAGUUGUUGAGUAUUGCUCGGAGGUUAAAACUUGCUAUGUUGAAAUUAACAAUGAGGAGGGCACAGGUGCAGAGGAUAAUAGCUGAACAUUAUGUAUCUGAGGGAUUGUUUAAAGUGGAGGAGUUGUAGGUGUAUCCUAAAAGUAAACCUAGUGAGCUUGAACUCCUGUACGUGAGAAAAAUUAAAGAUGGAGGCUGCGGAAAGGCAAAGGCAGUUUGAGGUGAGAGACGCAGAAAAACAGAGAGAAGAAGCAGAAAAACACAAGGAGGAAGCAGAAAGACAGAGGCUGUUCGAGCUGGAAAAGAUAGAGAGAUUUCAGCAAAGGGGUCCAGCGUUAGACUCUGGUGAUAAGUUUGAGGCCAGUUGUGAAGUUAAACUGGUACCUCCAUUUGACAUGGCGGUGGUUGAUAAAUACUUCCAGCAUUUUGAGAAGGUUGCCCAAUAGAAGGUUGGUCCUCUUACAAAGUGUAAUUAAGGGGGAGGCUCAGCCUAUUAUGCUUUGACAAUCGAUGAAGCAGCUGAGUAUGACAUAGUGAAACAGGCUGUGUUCAAAGCUUAUGAGUUGGUCCCAGAAUCCUACAGGCAGAAGUUUAUAAA